CCCGGGCCAUGGCCAUAGACCGGCGGCGCGAGGCGGCGGGCGGCGGGCCUGGGCGGCAGCCGGCCCCGGCCGAGGAAAACGGCUCCCUGCCGCCCGGGGACGCGGCGGCCUCGGCGCCCCUCGGGGGACGCGCGGGCCCCGGCGGCGGCGCGGAGAUCCAGCCGCUGCCCCCACUGCAUCCUGGAGGCGGCCCGCACCCGAGCUGCUGCUCGGCGGCUGCGGCCCCGAGCCUCUUGUUGCUGGACUAUGACGGGUCGGUGCUGCCCUUCCUCGGGGGCCUGGGCGGGGGCUAUCAGAAGACCCUCGUGCUGCUCACCUGGAUCCCGGCGCUGUUCAUCGGCUUCAGCCAGUUCUCGGACUCGUUCCUCCUGGACCAGCCCAACUUCUGGUGCCGCGGGGCCGGCAAAGGCACCGAGCUGGCAGGGGUCACCACCACAGGCCGGGGCGGGGACAUGGGCAACUGGACCAGCCUCCCCACCACCCCCUUCGCCACUGCCUCCUGGGAGGCUGCGGGCAACCGGAGCAACAGCAGCGGCGCGGACGGAGGCGACACACCACCCCUGCCAUCCCCUCCGGACAAGGGGGACAACGCCUCCAACUGUGACUGCCACGCAUGGGACUACGGCAUCCGCGCCGGCCUCGUCCAGAACGUGGUCAGCAAGUGGGAUCUUGUGUGUGAUAAUGCCUGGAAGGUCCAUAUCGCUAAGUUCUCCUUACUGGUUGGAUUAAUCUUUGGCUACCUAAUAACUGGAUGCAUUGCUGACUGGGUCGGCCGGCGGCCUGUGCUGCUGUUUUCCAUCAUCUUCAUUCUGAUCUUUGGACUGACUGUGGCACUGUCAGUGAAUGUGACAAUGUUCAGCACACUCAGGUUCUUUGAAGGAUUUUGCCUGGCUGGAAUCAUUCUCACCUUGUAUGCUUUACGAAUAGAGCUGUGCCCCCCUGGAAAACGGUUCGUGAUUACGAUGGUGGCGAGCUUCGUGGCUAUGGCGGGCCAGUUCCUCAUGCCCGGGCUAGCUGCCCUGUGCCGGGACUGGCAGGUGCUGCAGGCCCUCAUCAUCUGCCCCUUCCUGCUCAUGCUGCUCUACUGGUCGAUAUUCCCUGAGUCCCUCCGGUGGCUAAUGGCCACCCAGCAGUUUGAGUCUGCAAAGAGGCUGAUCCUCCACUUCACACAGAAGAACCGCAUGAACCCUGAGGGCGACAUCAAGGGUGUGAUGCCAGAGCUGGAGAAAGAGCUUUCCCGGAGGCCCAAGAAGGUCUGCAUCGUGAAGGUGGUGGGGACACGGAACCUGUGGAAGAACAUUGUGGUCCUGUGUGUGAACUCGCUGACGGGGUACGGGAUCCACCACUGCUUUGCCAGGAGCAUGAUGGGCCACGAGGUGAAGGUGCCGCUCCUGGAGAACUUCUACGCUGACUACUAUACCACGGCCAGCAUCGCGCUGGUGUCCUGCCUGGCCAUGUGCGUGGUGGUCCGGUUCCUCGGGCGCAGGGGAGGGCUGCUGCUCUUCAUGAUCCUCACCGCCCUGGCCUCGCUCCUGCAGCUCGGCCUCCUCAACCUGAUUGGAAAGUACAGCCAGCACCCAGACUCAGAACUGCAGCUGAAGUUGGCCGUAGGGAUGAGUGACAGCGUCAAGGACAAAUUUUCCAUCGCGUUUUCCAUCGUGGGCAUGUUCGCCUCCCAUGCGGUGGGGAGCCUCAGCGUGUUCUUCUGUGCGGAGAUCACCCCGACAGUGAUAAGGUGUGGCGGGCUGGGGCUGGUGCUGGCCAGCGCGGGCUUCGGCAUGCUGACGGCACCCAUCAUCGAGCUGCACAACCAGAAAGGCUACUUCCUGCACCACAUCAUCUUUGCCUGCUGCACGCUCAUCUGCAUCAUCUGCAUCCUCCUGCUGCCCGAGAGCAGGGACCAGAACCUGCCUGAGAACAUUUCCAACGGGGAGCACUACACGCGCCAGCCGCUGCUGCCGCACAAGAAGGGGGAGCAGCCACUGCUGCUCACCAACGCCGAGCUUAAGGACUACUCGGGCCUCCACGAUGCCGCAGCCGCGGGUGACACACUGCCCGAGGGUGCCACGGCCAACGGCAUGAAGGCCAUGUAGCCCGGCCUGCGGAACCCGGGGCUCCAGGGUCUGGGGCAGCUUGGGCACAGGUUUACAGACCAGGGACCGAACACGCAGCCAGGGGUGGGAAAGCUGCCUCAGCCAAGCUGAGCCUCUCAACUGGUGUGGGGAAAUCCUGUCUUUCCAGAAGUCCAAGGAGCGCGGGUCGGAGGAGACAAACUCUUUGGAAAUAACCCUUUCAAGACUUUCUUUUCUGCCGUUAAAUGUGUGUAUUUAUUUUGGUCAUUUUUACGAGAAGCACUUUAUUCCCUCUCCCUCUCACUGAUCACAAAUGGAAUCACCUCCCUGGGCAGCGAGACGCAGUUGCUCUGGGAAGAUGCCACAGUGACCACGGCCGUGGCUGGUCCCUCUGGGGAGAUGGGACACGGCUCCUGGCAGCACCCAGGAGCCCCCCAGGCUGCCUGCCUGUGUGCAGAGGCAGGACAGGACCGUGGAGCGUUUCCGGGACUGCAUUUUAGACAGAGUGAAAUGUACAUGAAUUUGGCUUUUGCUAGAGUCUGUGUAUGGUUUUUUAAGGUCCUUUUUCCCUUUCUGUUUGUAAGGUAAGAGCUUCUGUUCGUGUGCAGGGAAAGCAGCUCACAGACGCCAUUAAAACCAGCUUCAUCUUUCCUUCAGGAUCAUCCUUUUGUACUUGAUGCUGGAAGCUCUUGGAGAAAAAGCUUAAAACAUUUCACCAGAAAUCUUAAUUGAGCAGCAGUCAUAUCGCCACAGCUUUGUGAGUACAGAGCUAACAGAUGCGUCGAGACCUGAGAUGUGCUCGUUUUUAUUCCUCCUCUCCCAGAUUGGCUCCAGCAGAAAAGUCCCUCAUGCACAGGCAGCUCUUGUGCCGGCACUACUUGAAAACAUGGCUACUUUCUAAGCUACAAUCAAUUAGAAAAUAACUCAAAAAGAUGGCAGAGGCAAAUCCACAGAAGGGGGGCUGCCCUCCACACACACACGCCUGUCACCCACACCUUGAGCACACACCAUGAAGAUCACCAGCUUGGAUGGCCGUCACCUCAGACAUCACUCCAGGGAGCACCCGCAGGAGCUGGGCCCCCUCACGCCUGCCUUCCUGGGCCAGCUUCCUGCUUGUAGUCACUCGCAUAGCACAGAGGUGGGGCUUCGGGCAGGGAGCGGAGAUUCCUCAUAGGUGAGUCCAAAUGACCUCCAGCCUCUCGAAGGCAUCAAGACAAAUUGAAAGAAAGCAAUAACUCACCAAAGCUCAACGCUGCCCCUGCCUCGACCUCCAUGGGUCUCUUCGUGUUCCUCGUUUCACCCCAGAAAGUGGAGGUUUCCUCUUGGCAUUUUCGGAGGAAACUUGUAGGACACCCAAGGCCACUAAGAGAGCCUCCUUGGCAAGGGCAGGCACCACUUUGUAGCAACUUGGGCACCAGCUUUUCUGGACAGCCUGGCUUCUUACUGGGAUUGUCCAACUCAUCCCUUCUCGAAGCAUGUCUUUGCCAUGGGCUGUGUCCUUCCAGGGAAAUUGUGGUCUCGGGCCUGGGUGAGACAAUGAAGUGACUUCAACCGACAGUUGCUAGAAUUCACAGGGCAGAAAAGGGGUUGACCUUCUCCCCUUCCAGCUUUCCACCCGGCCUGCUGCUUGCUAUCACCACUCAUGUCUCCUCCACAUGCGGUCCACACAUCAAUAAGGGCCUGGAAAUGUGUAAAGACACAGCAAGGGGCAAGCAGACUCUUGGCCACGUGUUUCCAGUGGCUGGACCACGCCGACACCUGGGAUCUUGAGCUACCCAGGAAGGGAGGCUGUCUGGCUGGCCUCUCCCUGCCUCCACUUGCUCCACGUCCAGCUCAUCCUCACCUUCCCUCUGUUUUAAAGUCACAUUUCCAUGUUUCAACAUUAGUUUGCAUUCACCUUUACAAAGGCCUUUCUUUAGAUCUGUGCAGCCUUUGCGUGCCAAACUUGUGAAAUUCCUUUUACUUUUUUUGGAGUACUUGCUACAAAGCCACCUGUCAACAAACCCCCAUUAUGUACAGAAUAGGACCUAUCUAGUAGCCAGGCCAGUAGGCAGUUGGGGAAGGUGGGAAAGAUCCAGCGAGGCCCCUGAGCCUGCACCUGGACAGUUGUACGUCUGCACCCAUCACCCUCAGCACCAGGCCACCCUGCAGUCCACUUACUGUACUGUGUUGUGGAAGGAUAUGCUAAGUGAUGAAAGUUGCGAGCAGUCUCACUGGUCGUGUAAACUUUUUUUUUUUUUUUGGAAAUUGAAGCUGUAGAGUGCUGCCCGAAAUCUCUAGGAAGUUGGUGGCAAGGGACAGCACUCACACUCUUCUGGUCAUGAUCUCUGAUCUCCACCUCAAAUGACAAUAAAAAACUGGUCCAACGAAGACAGUGCUCAGCACUUCAGCCAUCAGGACUAAUCCAUCGAUGACUGGAAAAGAGGCUAGCUUUGAGGAAAAGAGCCUGGGCUCUUGGGAGCAGAGUCCAGCGGGUGUGAGUGAGGCUGACUUGCCGACGGUCGGCAGGUGAUGGCUCUCAGCCGGCGAGGUGGUCCCACAGCUCUCCUCCCAGGGCAGCCUCAGGAGGAGGCCGGGUGCCUGUUCGGUGGCAGCUUCAGCCUAGGGAUACCUGAAGCUGUCGAGCAACACCUUUAUGAAAUGUUGCCAGAGCAGCAACACUUCCGUGUGGGCACAGCCCCGGGAAAUCUGGUACCAAGUCAGCAAGGUGGCAGGACCCACCCAAGCCUGAUACGCAUCUGGGCCCGCCGGGCUCGGCAGGGGAGGCUGCUAUGGCUGCCCACUUCCCAGCACCGUCUGUCACGCUUGAACCCCUCUGUGCUGCUCCCUUCCUGGCUAAUAGGGAGACCCUUCGCAGGCACCCACUGUUUCAACUUGACCCUCCCACCCCCUGCUACUCUCCUCCACACACCCCUGCGUUCCGCUAGCCUACCCUGUCAGCCUUUCAAUAAAAGUUAUGCACAAAUCUGAACACCUGAGAUGGAGCUGAACAUUUCUUCACUUUGUUCUUUUCCUGAAGUCAAACUCUUAUCAAAUACCCUAAUUAUUACCAUCCAAGAGAAACAGGAAAAAGGUUAAAUGUUUUUGUUUACUGAGAGUAAGAUCACCUGCAUCUGGAAGACGGGCUGGUAAACUGGUUUGGCUACAGAACAGAAAGAAAACAAAAACAAACCUCGUAAGGGAAGUAUCGCACUCAGACACCACCACUUCCUAGAGCCAAAUGAGCAAUCCCAAACUGCAAGUGCCAUAAGUGGGCCUGUGACGUCACACUGCCCGGCCCGAGGUAUUGCAUGUGCGGGGGAGGCCCACACUACAGCUGUCCUCUCGUCUAGAAGGCACCACCUCGCUUUCAUGUCCCGUGUGUUUUGGAAAAGCAGUAUGGUGUGUCAUGUCUAGCGGCGAACACCUCCCUCCCUCUGUCCUUGAGGUUGUAAUAUAAAAACUGUGUUUCUGUACGUGUGGGUGGGAAUUCUCUGACGGUGCUCGUUCAUAGCACAAGCUUACGCUGAGUUCUGAACUGUCGUUCACAGCUGCGUGUCUGCAUGGUGUCGCAUCUGUUGUACCUUUGGGGAAAAUUUGUAUGUAAAUGUACAGAAAUAAAAACGUUGCCCCAUUAACAGAUUUCCUCUGGAAUGUCUUCCCUACCUCACCUGAUGGUAUCCACCGACGGGCAUUUCACUACCAUUAAUGGUGAGUAAUAAAACCCUCCGUGUUCAUUCAGACCUCACUGCGUCACUGCUUUGACCGCCUCUGUAAGCUGUGUCUUCACUCGCCCCGAGGUGGGUGGAGGGAGGCCUCUCACUCUGCUUCGAGUCCUGGUCUUAAAGGUAGUCAGAGGCAGAGGCUGGAUUAAACACAAACUGUUUACCAAGUGCCACUCUCAGACCACCUGAGAGACGGGGGGGCCAUCAGUAAAAUUAAGAGGAAUUUUUUUCCCUUGUUCGUUUAUGUUCUGCUGAUCUGUGGCCUGAAGGUUCCUAGAGACGUCAAGAAAUGAAUAUCUUACACUGUGAUUCUGUGAGGAAAGACUGGUAACCCAAAACUCUCUUCUCUAAUGUAGUAUUUUUUAACGAAAAUGACAAUAUUUCUUUAAUAAAGUAUUUAUACCAAA